UCUAAAUCUAAAUAUGUUUAUACGGAACCUGUAAAAUCUGCGAAAACCAUAGAUUCAAAGAAAUUGGAUAAAAUAGCAGAAGAAAUAUUAGACCAUAAAUUUACUUUAACGGCGGAAAGAUUACAGGAUUUGCAUGAAUUACUUGUAGCUCAACCUUCAGAAGAUACAAAAGCGGAAUAUCCACCUGGUUUAAAAGUUAAACUAAUGCCACAUCAACAGCAUGCAUUAGCAUGGCUUAUGUGGAGAGAGAGAGAACGACCACUUGGUGGUGUAUUAGCUGAUGAUAUGGGCCUGGGUAAAAAUUUAACAAUGAUCUCUUUAAUCGUGGCUACUCCUAAUCAAGAUUAUUUAAAGAGUGAUGAUGAAACAGAGAGUAAUGAUGAAUGGAUUAAUCCAAAUAAACCUAUAAGUGUAAAGUAUAUUUGUUUAUUAAUUGUAAUUAAAAGUAUUAAGUUUCCAAAUAUGAUUAAUUUACGAAAUCAUGAAUUACAUAUUUUGGUAUGUUUUGGUAAUAAGAGAGAAAAAGUAUCUAAUCGUUUAGCAAAAUAUGAUGUUGUAAUAACAACAUACAAUAUAUUAUCCAGUAAGUUUGAAGCCAUGUCUACAACAUAUAAGAUUCAUUUGAAAAGAAUCAUUUUGAAUGAAGCACACUGUAUAAGAAAUCAUGACAGUCAAGCAUCUCAAGCAUCUCAAGCAGUGUGUGGUCUUUUAGCAAAUAAAAGAUGGACACGUACCGAAACACCUAUACAAAAUAAAAAAAUGGAUUUAUAUUCUUUGUUAAAAUUUUUGAAAUGUUCUCCUUUCGAUGAUAUUCGUGUAUGGAAACGUUGGGUAAACAAUAAAAAUGUUGCUGGUCAUCAACGAUUAGCAACACUUAUGAAAAGUCUUAUGCUUCGAAGAACAAAACAAGAACUUCAAGCGCAAGGUGCUCUGGAAAGCUUACCUAAUAAAAAUAUCAAAGAA